CUGUAGAAAUAAAAGUCAGUCCCACAACUGAGAUAAGAAGUAACCCUUGCUUGAUAAUUAUGAAGUUUUCAAGCAUUAUUUCGUUUAUUUUAUCGAUAAGUUGCUGUGUGGCUACUUUUACCAAAUUCUACUUCCCACCAUCAAGUGAAAACAAGUUUCCUCGUCUUCGCUUGACCAACACUCUACCAACUUUACAAGAGUUUUCAUUCUGUUCUCGAGUCAGACCUCUCUCGCUAAAAAAUGAUUUAGCCACUAUUAUAUCCUACGCUUCAUCAAGAUCAGACAAUGAGCUAAUAAUUGGGAUUUCUAAUAACAGUGGUAAAUUCGGUUUACGUGUUUAUUUGGGAGCUUUUAGUAAAACCUUUAGCUUCCUCGUCAAUAAGCUUGGCAAAUGGAAUUAUAUUUGUGUAUCUUGGUUUGGAAUCGAUGGAACAAUACAGGUGUUUACGAAUGGAGCUGUUCAAGAAAGUUCUAUUGCUGCUGGUAGUCACAUUAAAGGAGGUGGCAAUUUCAUCGUUGGACAGGAGCAGGAUGCCAUAGAUUUAAAGUUUGAUUAUAAUCAAUCAUGGAUAGGCGAUGUCGCCGAUCUUCACCUAUGGAACGAAGCAUUCGAUUUAGGCCAAGUUAAAACAGAUGAUAAGUGUGGCGGAUUAAAACAAGUAGGAAACGUAAUUUCAUUGGAAGAUGCAUCGUUUAGUGCCUUUGAUGGUGUCACACUUCAUAAAAGUAAUUCUUGUAAAUUUUAAAAUCUACAUCGUAUGUGUAACUUUAAAUAAAACUAAAAAUUAUAAA